AUGGCCGAGCGCCUCGCCGCAUCCGCCGCCACCCUCCGCGCCUCGGCCGCUGGCACCCCGUCCGCCCGCCGCGCGGCGCGGGCCAGCCGCGCCUUCUUCCCGCCCUCGCCGGCGUCAUCGGCUCGCGCGCGCGUCGGCCUCCGCGCCGCGCCGUCUCCGCUCCCGCAGCCGCAGAAGGCGAGGGCAGUGAGGUGCGCGGCUGUGGCGGCGGCGUCUGACGUGGCUCAGGUGAAGGCCGCGCGCGAGGACAUCAGGGAGCUUCUCAGGACGACUCACUGCCACCCCAUCCUGGUCCGUCUAGGAUGGCAUGAUGCUGGUACGUAUGACAAGAAUAUUGAGGAGUGGCCACAACGAGGUGGAGCUAACGGAAGCUUAAGAUUUGAUGUUGAGUUGAAACAUGGAGCCAAUGCUGGUCUGAUAAAUGCUCUAAAGCUUAUCCAACCAAUUAAGGACAAGUACCCGAGUAUCACUUAUGCAGAUUUAUUUCAGUUGGCAAGUGCUACAGCAAUUGAGGAAGCUGGUGGCCCAAAGAUUCCAAUGAAAUACGGACGAGUUGAUGUUACAGGACCUGAGCAGUGCCCACCUGAGGGGAAGCUUCCCGAUGCUGGCCCAAGUUCACCUGCUGACCACUUGAGGGAGGUAUUCUACAGAAUGGGCCUUGAUGACAAGGAAAUUGUUGCCUUGUCUGGAGCACAUACACUUGGAAGGUCCAGGCCUGAACGAAGUGGCUGGGGGAAACCAGAAACAAAAUAUACUAAAAAUGGUCCUGGUGCACCUGGUGGGCAAUCAUGGACAGUUGAGUGGCUGAGAUUUGAUAACAGUUACUUCAAGGAUAUCAAAGAGAAACGAGAUCAAGAUCUUCUGGUCCUACCUACAGAUGCUGCUUUAUUUGAGGACCCAAAGUUCAAGGUCUAUGCGGAGAAAUAUGCAGAGGACCAAGACGCAUUCUUCAGAGACUACGCUGAGGCUCAUGCUAAACUGAGCAAUCUGGGUGCGAAGUUCCAACCGCCGCAGGGAUUCUCUUUGGAUGAUUAG